AUGGUAAUGCCCUCCGACAAACUGUUAUCAGUAUUGGAUAAGCUGCUUCCUGACAAGUUCCCAAACAUCUUUCCAAAAACUAUGUUGACUCUGAAAAUCGUUUUUCUAUUGGCUGUGGUGGUGCCCAACAUCUUGGCCGCUGGGAUAUGGUAUCGAGCAUAUGACUCUCCUGAAUCUUUGGAAUCCCCUGAGACAUUGGAAAUAUUUGAUCGUUCGCUAGAAGAUCUGCAUCAUAUUCGAAUCAAUUAUGGCCCGGUUUGGGAUGAUAUUGCCGGAGAAAAUGAAUUUGUUGUCAAGGCAAUUGGCAAGAAAGGCAAAUGCACCCCCGAUUCCAGUAAAGGCCUGGCCAAUCUCUUCAGUCAAUCGAAGAAGUUGAUACCCUGGGACAAUGUCAAGGAAAUCGUCAAAUCCUAUGCCAAUGAUCCUGAGGUGAAAACCCUAAAGGCCUACAUUGAAUCUGCAGACUAUAAGGAAAAAGUAGCCGCCAUACGCUCCUCCGAGGAAUACAAAACUUUCAGUUCGUAUGUCUGUCAUGUCUUACAUCUCGAUCUGCAAGAGGAUGGUCAUUAUGUGGCAAGAAAUAGAUUACGCAGCAGCUCGCAAACGGGUAUAAGAGGUCUCAUACGUAGAGUGCAAUCGGUGAUACCAUAUCGGCAGUUGGGUGAUUUAUAUGCUCAACUCAUCUCAAAGGAUGAUCAAUUGCUGCGGGAGGUUGCUGCCAUGAAAUCGAAGGAGUUCAAGAGAAUUGUUAGCAAUUUAAGGAAUUAUGUACCAGCCUAUAGGGAGCUUACAAUGACUUUGUGGCAUUUGGGUGUGCCUUUGGAUCAGUUGAAGGGUGUCAUCAGCAAUGCCUUGGGCUGGAACAUGGAUUGGGAUACAUUGCCAUAA